AUGGAAAACCUAAGAAACAUCUCAGAAUUCAUUCUCUUGGGAUUUUCUUAUGACUCAAAUAUACAGCUGUCUUUUUGUGUGCUAUUUUUAUUUUGUUACAUAUCCCUCUUGGUAGGAAACCUUGUGAUACUUCUUUCCAUUCGAUGCAGUACGCUUUUUCACCAACCAAUGUACUAUUUCCUUAGCCACUUGUCUUCUAUGGACAUCUGCUAUACUUCAAGUGUCACACCCAAAUUGAUUGGUGACCUACUAGUAGAGAAAAAAUCCAUCUCUUAUGGAAAUUGCAUGUUACAGGUCUUUACCAUGCACUUUUUUGGAGGUAUUGAGAUCUUCAUUCUUACUGCCAUGGCCUUUGAUCGCUAUGUUGCCAUCUGCAAACCUCUCCACUACAUGAUCAUCAUGAACAGGACAAGGUGUCAUCUUAUUGUCUUAGCUGCCUGGGCCGGUGGGGCUGCCCAUGCCUUUCCACAAUUACUUAUGGCCAUCUCGUUACCCUUUUGUGGUCCCAAUGAAAUCGAUCAUUAUUUUUGUGACGUCUUCCCUUUAUUAAAAGUUGCCUGUACUGAUAUCUAUAUCAUAGGUGUUCUUGUGGUUGCCAAUUCAGGGAUGGUGGCCUUAGUAACUUUUGUUGUCCUGGUUGGUUCUUAUGUGAUAAUAUUAUUCACCUUACGAAAUCACUCAGCGGAGGGCAGGCGCAAAGCCCUGUCUACCUGUGGCUCUCAUGUCACGGUGGUGCUCCUAUUUUUUGCUCCAGCAAUAUUUAUCUACCUUAGACCUCCUACCACUUUCCCUGAGGAUAAAAUAUUUGCUCUGUUUUACACGAUCAUUGCUCCUAUGUUCAAUCCUUUAAUCUAUACCCUGCGAAAUACAGAGAUGAAAAAUGCCAUGAGAAAAGUUUGGUGUCAAAAUAAUUUUCAAAAGAAGCAUGUAAUUAAUUUCCCAAAGAAUAAUAGUUAA